GAUAAUUCUCUCUCUUUUGUUCUAAUCUCUUCCUUAGUUUUGAGCUCUUUUUGUGUUUUUCUUAGUUCUCUUGCGUUUUGUUGUUGUUGCAUAUGUUGAUUCGACGAGUAGCUUUUUCCCUUUGUUCAAGCACGACACAACCGCACAACGAGUCAACGACUAAAUUAGUCAAAUUCGAGGUGGAAGCAACCUGUCAAUUGUCAUCUUAAGAUGAAUAACAACAACAACAACAUGAUGAUGUUAGCAGGAGGCGGUGGCGGAAGAGGAAAUGGAAGCGGUGGUAUCGGCGGAAGCGGCCGGUCGUGGCCGUCGGCAUCAUCCGUCUCCGCCUCGGGGAAGCGAAUCCAGAAGGAGCUGUCGGAGCUGAAUACGGACCCUCCGCCCGAUUGUGCCGCCGGCCCCAAAGGCGACAAUCUCUACCACUGGGUUGCAACUAUCUUCGGUCCCCCUGGGACACCUUAUGAAGGAGGCAUAUUUUUCCUUGAUAUAACAUUCCCUUCAGAUUAUCCUUUUAAGCCCCCUAAGAUAAACCCCUUGUUCCGGGUAUUGCCCAUUUAUACCUGGCUGACCAGGCAAAGCAUGAUGAGCUGGCUGCUGAGUGGACGCAAAGAUUUGCAAAGUAAGAUGUUGAAAAAAGAUAGCAAAAGGAUCAAGUGAUCCAGCUAGAACUAUGGGGCUAAAAAUAUGCAUACUUCUUUCUAAUGCUGAUUGCUGAGUGAUUUGAAAGACAAAAUCAACCUCCCAAGCUUGUUCUGAUCACUCGACCUUGUUCUGAUCACUCGGUUAUAUUAUUAUUAUGUAUUUCAAAUCGCCACAUGCCUUUGUAAAUAUGAUUUUUUUUUCUUUUCUUUCUCUUUUCCUUUUCUUCUCUUUCCCCCUUUCACUCAUAAAUUCGACCCAUGCACAUAGGCUAGAUGUUUGUGAUAUUGGUGGUUCAAUAAGAAUGUGAAAUCACAUGUUGUAUAUGUCUUUACCUACACCGAUAAAUCUUGAAAAUAUAGUAUGAAAAAUAAUGAUAUAACACAUAAUGAG